AUGUCAAGAGAGCCCCCGAAACAAACAGAAAUCAAUAUACCACCGGAUUUACCCGGUGUAUCCGCACAUUUAGCUUCAGGAGCAUCAACUGGGAGCGGUAAAGGUCAAGAUGGCGGUAAAAAAGGCGGAGGUGGAGGACCAGGUGGACCAGGUGGGCCGGGAGGACCAGGAAAACCAGGAGAGGGACCAGAAGGACAAGGAGAAAGUGCAGGAGAAACAGUUAAAGAUGUACUUGGAGUGCUAGAGACCGUAAAAAUAAAAGACGAUAUCGAAGAAGGAUUUGAAAAAAUGGAUCCGGACACACCAGACCAAAGAUCAGUCGAAACAACGAAUAUUACAUCAAGGAUCAAUAAAUUAGAUGUAGUAAUUACGGUUGGUCUUUAUUACGCGUCACUUAUUAUGGAUUGGUUAACAUCUUUAGGAAACUCAACAUCUGUUGGAGAAUUUUUCUUUAACAUAUUUUUUGCAUCAUUUAAUGUUGUGGAAUGGCAAUUUGGUCAACUUGAUUUGGUAGCAAGUAUUUCAGGCAUGGCAACAACAUUACAAACGGGGAUUUUUAUAAUUGAGGCAUCAAUAUAUACGGUUGUAACGGCGACGAAAUCCAAAAUGCCAAAGCAGUUAGGAGGGCCUUUGUAUUUUGGAGGACCAUUCCAAUUUGUUCACAUACUUAAGGCGUCGUAUGAAGAUUAUCAUCAAUCAACUAAAAGUUGGGAUGCGCAAAUAUCUCAAGGGAUCGGAAUCAUAAGUCAAAUAUUGAUUAUUAUCGCAGCAAUAUCUGCAGCGAAUACUCGAAUAGGUCAAUUAGGAGCCUUACAGCCACUUGCUUAUGGAGAACCAAAUGUACUUAACUCUAAUUUCACACCGCCUACUGGUACUCAAGUUGAAGGAGAAGCAAUUAAUGUUACAGAUACAACUCAAGUAACACUGGCCGUGAAAAAUGCAGCGUUAUUCGCCAUGGCCACUUACUCAGUUUCGAUUUUUGCAAUUAUUAUGUCAUCAUUGUUAAAUAUUAUUCAAUGGAUGGCGGACGUUUGGCGUGUCAACAAUGAUGAUCUUAUCAUAUACUAUAUUUUCAAAUAUUUCACUAGACUCAUAUUUUGUUAUCCAUGCUUGGGUGGUUCUAAAAAUAAAGUGGAUAUUACGCCAACUAGCACUAAGACAGGUCCGACUGCCACCACCACAAGCUCUGAUAAGCCUAAUCCUUUAUUAUCAACCCCAUCUGAGAAGCAAACGUUAUUGUAG